CACAGGAGUAAAUAUAGGAAAGCUGCACAUUUUAAGACGUUAGGCUCGCGGGAACACCAAUCGUAUUUUCUCAAGAUAACAAACUCGCCGUUGUCGUUUUCUUCUCUCCCGUCUCCAAACUGUUCGAACGCAGGAAUACAAAUGCAGGCAUAGUUUUCUUUCACAAUUCUCAUCCCUUCCCACCAUUGUCAGAGCUUCAUCUCAAACAGAUUACGCAUGGAUAAAACUGAUGGGUGCUGCUCAACUCAACUCAUUGAUGGGGAUGGUAACUUCAAUGUUGCUGGAAUUGAAAAUUUCAUGAAGGAAGUUAGGCUAGCAGAUUGUGGGUUGUCAUAUGUUGUCGUAUCAAUAAUGGGUCCACAGAGUAGUGGUAAGAGUACAUUGUUAAAUCAUUUAUUUCAUACGAACUUUCAAGAGAUGGAUGCUAUCAUGGGAAGGUCACAAACCACAAAAGGAAUUUGGAUGGCUCGUUGUGUUGGGGUUGAGCCGUGCACACUUGUAAUGGAUUUAGAGGGCACUGAUGGAAGAGAGCGUGGAGAGGAUGAUACAACAUUUGAAAAGCAAAGUUCCUUGUUUGCCCUUGCUGUUUCUGAUAUAGUUCUAAUUAACAUGUGGUGUCAUGAUAUUGGUCGUGAGCAAGCUGCAAACAAGCCUCUGUUGAAAACAGUUUUCCAGGUCAUGAUGCGAUUAUUUAGUCCACGUAAAACAACUUUGAUGUUUGUUAUACGCGACAAAACAAGGACACCUCUUGAGAAUUUGGAGCCUGUUUUGAGGGAAGAUAUUCAGAAGAUAUGGGAUUCUGUCCCAAAGACUCAGACUCACACAGAAACUCCUCUAAGUGAAUUUUUCAAUGUUGAGGUUGUAGCUCUUAAUAGUUUUGAAGAGAAAGAAGAACAAUUCAAAGAGCAGGUGGCUAGUCUAAGACAAAGGUUCUUUCACUCUAUUGAACCUGGUGGGCUUGCUGGAGAUAGGCGGGCAGUUGUUCCGGCAUCAGGUUUCUCAUUUAGUGCACAACACAUGUGGAAAAUAAUCAAGGAAAACAAGGAUCUUGAUCUUCCGGCACACAAGGUUAUGGUGGCUACUGUUCGUUGUGAAGAAAUUUCAAACGAAAAAUAUGUCGGGUUUACUUCAAAUGAGGAAUGGUGUAAAGUAGAGAAGGCAGUUCAAUCUCAUGCUGUGCCUGGAUUUGGGAAGCUGGUUAACUCAAUACUGGCUGAUUGUCUGUCCGAGUAAUUAUAAUCAUAUUGUUGCACAUAGAAUGCUAGGCAUCCAUAUAAUAUGUAUGAUGCUGAGGCCACAUUUUUUGAUGAAGGUGUGAGAGUGGCAAAAAGAAAACAGUUGGAACAGAAAUUGCUACAGCUUAUCCAACCAUCUUACCAAUCCAUGUUGGGUCACAUACGAUCCGAGGUGAUGGAAAGAUUCAAGGAAAUGUUUAGUAGAGCGCUGAGCGCGGGGAAAGACUUUGCAGUGGCUACUUCUGAGUGCAGCGAGUCGUGUUUGGUACAAUUUGAUGAUAAAUGCAAAGAUGCUGCCAUUGACCAAGCUAACUGGGACUCAUCUAAAGUAAAAGAUAAGUUCAAGCGUGAUGUUGAUGCCCAUAUUGUUGCAGUCCGUGCUGCCAAGCUGGAUGAACUUACAACCCUUAACGAGAAAAAACUGAAUGAGGCAUUGUCUGGACCAGUUGAGUCUCUGUUGGAUGGAGCUAGUGAUGAUACAUGGCCAGCAAUAAGAAAACUACUAAGACGUGAAACAGAUGCCACAAUCCAUGGCUUUUCUGCUGCACUUUCUGGUUUUAAAAUGGAUGAAGAGACCCAUAGUGAUAUACUUUCAAGGUUGAAGGAUUAUGCUAGAGAAGUGGUGGAAACAAAGGCUAGGGAAGAAGCUGGAAGGGUUUUGAUGCGCAUGAAGGAGAGGUUUUCAACAAUAUUUAGCCAUGACACAGAUUCAAUCCCAAGAGUUUGGACAGGAAAGGAAGACAUCAGAGCCAUUACCAAAACUGCUCGUUUAUCUUCUCUGAAGAUACUCUCAGUCAUGGCUGCAAUCCGGUUGGAUGAUGAAGCUGAUAAUAUUUCAAAAAUCCUGACCCUUGAUUUAUUGGAUGGUAAACCAGGGGUGGCUGCUAACAAAAGUAUCACAUCACUUGACCCUCUGGCCUCAAGCACUUGGGACUAUGUUGAUCCAUCAAAAACAUUGAUCACGCCUGUUCAGUGCAAGACUUUGUGGAGGCAAUUUAAAACUGAGACAGAAUACACUGUCACCCAAGCCAUAUCUGCUCAGGAAGCUAGCAAGAGAAACAACAACUGGUUGCCGCCUCCAUGGGCAAUUCUUGCCUUAAUUAUCUUGGGAUUCAAUGAGUUUAUGACGCUUUUAAGAAAUCCUUUGUACUUGGCUUUUAUAUUUGUUGCUUUUCUUCUGUUAAAAGCAUUGUGGGUGCAACUAGACAUCGCGGGUGAAUUCCGAAAUGGAGCUCUUCCUGGUAUUAUUUCUAUAUCGACAAAGAUCAUUCCUACAGUCAUGGACAUGGUUAAACGAAUAGCGGAGGAAGGACAAGGGCGGGAAAGAAGUAAUUAUGCCCAACCCAAUUCAACCUUACCUUUCAAGAGCUUCAGGAGUGGAAAUGAUGAUCUUGGUGGAGACACAUCAUCAAGCAGUUCUUCAUCUGAGGUGUGUUCUUCAGAAACCAAUUCUAACUUCUCCAGUCCCAGGGGGGAUAAGAAGUUCCAAUAAGUCAUGUUUUAGCAGCACGUUUUGUUUUGACCUCCAAUAAUCCUAGCAUGCCAAUUCAAGUAGAUCUAUUCAUUCAUUCUUUUUUGUCAAGGUGGUUUUUUUUACUGCCAUGGGGUUGUAAUAUGCUAGUAGCCCUCCAAGUUUUUGGUUUUCUUGUUGGCCCUUUUAUUUUGAAUUCAAUGAUCUUGCCUUCCAUUUUUGUCUUUCGAGGGGCAUAAUAAGAUCAUGCCAUUCUUCAGAUGUGAGUUAUGUAUAUUUGUUUUUACUUUUUUCAAUUUUUGUAUUACGAACAUGUCAAAAGGGAAGUAUGUAGUAUAUUGAACAUGUCAAAAUUGGUGUUUUGACUAAUAAACAAACAAAUUCUCAACCACUAAA